CGCCGGAGGGCGCGUUGACCUAUGGCCAAUGCCGGCGUCGGUGAGCCGCGGCGGCAGGACGCUCUAUGUCGCCAAGGACCUCCGGCUGUCCACGGCGGGGAGCACCUACGCCGACGGGAAGGCCAUCCUGGCCGAUGGCUUCAGCAGGAUGCUGGCCGUCGUGCAGAUGGACCACGCCAUGUCGCCAUGGACGGCAGCUACGCCGGCUUCCCCGCGCUCGCCGGCGUCAAAAUGGCCGUCCACUCUCCGGACGACGAGCUCAAGUUCGGGGUGGACGAGUCGUACAAGCUGACCGUGCCCGCGACUGGGAGUCCAAUCUAUGCCCAAAUCGAGGUUAGUAAAAGACUUCCUCUGAAUCGAGACAGAACCAAUGGUGGAGGCGGCCGAGAAUACCGAAGACCCGUCAGAUCUAGUCCUUGCAAUGCAGAGGAGCAGUGUACUGGAGCAAUUCCUGCUGGGCGCCGCUGCCGCCGGAGGCGAGACACUCUUUCCUUUGCGGCGUGAAUGGCCUAGGUGGUGAUUUGGAGAAAACAGCUGGCCAUAGCAAGAGUCUGAGGACGGUCACCACUCACAGCGAUGUUGGACGCGCUAAAGAUUCUUUCAUUGGCGUGAUAGAUGAUCAGCUGAGGAUAUUGAACUGAAUCACAUCUUUGAACUCUUGUGGAAGAUGUUGAUUUGCAGAACUGGUAUGAACAAGGUUAACGGUACAAGAAAGUUCCCACCGUCAGGGACUAUCGCGCUGAGAAGUAGCAGACCACAUUGAUUACGUCUGUCCAAAUGGACCCGGUCACUGUUCAGAAACAAAGAUACGGAUAGAAUACAAAGCUGAAGACGCUGACAAAUACUGAGUGGUGCUGGACAUGAUUGGUCCAUCGAUCGGGAGCAUCUGGACCUGAGAUCAGAUCUACA